AUGUCUACGCGCUGUGGGACACCCCGUUUCGCAUCAUCGCAUAAUGUAUCUCUGUCAUCAUGUGGCAUCAUCAAGCCUUAUCUGGGCUUCUCCGUCAUCGUGAACCGUGAUGCAAACAGUUCGAUGCGUAUUAUUAUUAAAGAGAUCAUUUCAAUCUAUAAAACCCCUGAGGGUGAGGAGGUGAAAGGUCCCGCAUUGACAGCAGGCCUGGAGGUCGGGGACCACAUUGUGCGCUUUGCUGGCUACACAGUGACCGACCUGGCGGCUUUCAACGCGAUCGUCUCGCGCCACGCGCGGGUAGGGGUCGAGCUUCGAAUGGAAGUGGUGCGGAAUGGAAAGACGGUUUCGUUGAAGAUUCAGGUCGGAUCGAGACUCAGCUCGUAA